AUGGCUUCGUCGAAGCUUCUCGCCCUCGGGAUCCUCCUGCUCGUCGUCGGCGGCGGCGGCGCGGGCGGGCGCGGAGGCGGAGCGGGAAGAACGGGGAGCGGCGCUGGCGCUGGUGCGGGUGCGGGUCGUAGCGGGCGGCUGGGCGGCAGCAACAGCGCGGGGAAGGUGCGGCAGGGCAAGAAGGGCGGCGGAAACUGCAGCGGCGGGUCUGGCUCGUGCAACGGCGGAGGCGGAGGCGGAGGGUCGGGGAGAAACGCGGCGGCAGCGAGCAUUCGGAGCGCGGGGUACGUGGUGGCGGAUAACCGGGAGAGGGAUCGCAAGAGGGACGGGUCUGGCGACCAGGACCGCGACCGCGACCGCAAGCGCGACGGCUCCGGCUCCAGCUCUGGUUCCUCCCAGUGCUCCCGAUCUGGCGGCUGCACUGGCAAUGGCAGCGGCAGCGGUGCUGGUCGGCAGGGGUCGGGGCAGCAGCAGGGCCGCGGUCGUGGCGCAGGCGCAGGUGCAGGCGUGGGUGGUGGUGGUGGUGGUGGUGGUGGUGGUGGACGUGCAGGCGGAGCGGGCGGCAUGAGCGGAGGGGCGGGGCGGCAGGGAGCGGCUGGACGCACUGGCGCAGGUGCAGGGAAGGGGGCUGGCGCGGGGAUGAGGGGGAGCGGUGGGGGAGGGGUGGCCAAGAUCGUACCUGAAGUGGAGGAGGACCUAUGGCAUGCGUACAACCUCAUUGCUCCGCAUGACCAUGUGCAGAGCACCACGUUCAGGAAGGUGCAGAAGGAGACGGGAGGGGGCGGCAGUGAGUCGGAGAGGAUCAAGCUGAGGCUGGAAGUGACAGUGGAGGAAGUCGAUUUCGACGCAUCGGCACACGUCAUUCGAGUUCGCGGCAAAAACAUUACUGAGAAUGAGCAUGUGAAGCUAGGGUCAUACCACACACUGGAGCUGGAUCUGCAGCGGGCCUUCACACUCACCAAGGACGUGUGGGACUCAGUGGCUAUAGACCGGCUCAAGGAGGCAUGUGACCCUUCAGCCAAUGCGGACUUAGCAGUGGUGGUGAUGCAGGAGGGGCUGGCUAACGUUUGUCUUAUUGGGGGGAGCGUGACUACAGUAAAAGCGCGCAUAGAGACGCCAAUCCCAAGAAAACGAGGGCCGGCAAUUGCAGGAUAUGAUAAGGCAAUCAGUAAGUUCUUCGAGAAUGUAUUUCAGGGUGUGCAACGGCACAUUGACUUCAACGUUAUCCGCUGCCUGCUUAUAGCGAGUCCUGGAUUCACCAAGGACCAGUUCUUUGAGUACAUGAUGCUGGAAGCGACGCGGCAGAACAUCCGAGCCAUCAUAGAGAACAAGGCUAAGAUCGUGCUCGCGCAUUCCACGUCGGGAUACAAGCAUGCAGUGAAAGAGGUGCUGGCACUGCCUGCUAUCAUGACUCAAAUCAAAGACACCAAGGCAGCCAAGGAGGUCAAGGCACUUGAGGACUUCUAUGCCAUGCUCUCAAACGACUCAGCACGGGCCUUCUACGGUCCCGGGCACGUGGAAGCAGCAAAUGAGCGCCUUGCCAUUCACACGCUCCUCAUUUCUGAUGACUUGUUCCGCAACGCCGAUGUGAAGACUAGAAGACGUUAUGUGGACUUAGUGGAAUCAGUGAGGGCGAAUGGUGGGCAAGUGCACGUCUUCUCUUCCCUGCACGUCUCUGGCGAGCAGCUGGUGAAUCUUGCUGGGAUCGCUGCAAUUCUUCGCUUCCCACUGCCAGAAUUGGAAGACAUGGAACUAUAG